AUGGUCACCCAGCCCGGAGGGCAGGAGAAACCGCGGGUUUGCAGCUUCCGCAAGAUCUCAAAGCCCUUGAUGGAGAAGAAGAGAAGAGCCAGGAUUAAUGUGUCUCUGGAGCAACUGAAGGCUCUGCUAGAAAAGCACUAUUCUCACCACAUCCGAAAGCGCAAACUGGAGAAGGCAGACAUCCUGGAGCUGAGCGUCAAGUACAUGAAAAGCCUCCAGAAUUCGGUGCAAGGGGCUGACUACCAGGCCGGCUUCCGGAGCUGCCUGCACGGGGUGAACCAGUUCCUGCUGCGCUCCGAGGGGGCCAGCGAAGCUUCCUCCUUCCACCUGCUGCAGGAGCUCGCCCGGGCCUCCCCGCGGAUGAGCGGCUCCGGCUGCAGGACCACGGACAGCAGCCCCAUCGCGCCGCGCCCGGAGCCACGGGGCUCUCGGCCCGGCAGCCGCGCGGCGGAGCAGAGGGGCCCUUUGCAGAAAGCCGGCGGCUGCACCCAGCGCCCCCGGGCCCCCAGCUCCCAGCCCCAGACUGAGCCGGGCGCUGCUGCCCCGCGGCGCGGCCCCGUGGAGCACAGACCCUCCGUGCCCAGCAGGAGCCAGGCGCUGUGGCGGCCCUGCGAGGGAGCCGGCGGGGGCCGGGAUGACGGGGGGGAGAGAAAUCCAGCAAAGCUCCCGAAGAACCGCCGGCGCCAGCUCGCUCCCCGGAGCCGCAGUGCGGGGGCAGCGGUUGAACAAAACUCUCCAGGCAGCGGGCGAGCGCUGAAACGCGGAGCCCCAGCGCGGAGCGGCCGGGAGCAAAGUGCCCCCCCGGAGACGGGACGCUCUCCGCGGAGCAGCGGCCGCGCCUUUGCAGGGCAGAGACCGGUGUAG